AUGGCCUCAAUGGAUUCGAAGGGGGCUCACGCCACCCUGAUCGACCCAAUGCAUGCGCCAGAGCCGUCCGCAGAGACCGGCCCUGGUACUCACUUCGGCUCUACUAUGCCAAGCAAGCAGCCAACCAGUACAACAACCACCGCCGCCGCCUCACACAAGACCUCACUGAGCUCCCAAAACCCUUUCCGUGAUGGUGCCUCUCCUCCAGCAGCGACAGCAGGAUCAGGGAGCAGCAAAAUACCCAACGUCCGCACCACCGAACGCCCCUCCAGCCGCGAAGGCUUCCCAGACUACCGCGCCGAAGCCUUCAGCGGCCACAACACCCGCCCGCUCCACUCCACCUCCAACAACCAAUCCCCACCUGCAUACGACGAGGCGACAUCCGGCCCGAGUCGUCGCCGCGGCAGCUCGCUUAGAGAGCGCUAUCCCGGCGACACCACUGCUAAACCGCUGGAUAUGAUCCGCAAGGACAGCAGGAAAGCCCAUCGGUCCCCGCACCUCAACAAGCGUAAUAUGCAAAGUCCGGACGUGAUCGAUCGGCUCGACCCGGCCUUGGGAGGUCAUGCUUAUCAUCACGAGGGCCCUUACGACGCCGCUGCGUUCGCGAGGAAUAAGGCGUAUGAUAAGACUAGUCCGGUUGCCGCGCUGCAGACGAGUAACGAGGAGGCUUUGAGGGCGACGCCGAGAGAGAAUGUUAAGGAUGCUUUGGACAGGCACAAGCCGCUUGAUGGUGUUGCUGUCGUGCCUCCGGGCGUGCCGGAUCAGUUCGGUAGGACUUACAAUUAUGAGGAAGGCACGGAUAUGAUGAGGGAGGGGACCGAUGAUGCUGGGUAUAAGCGUUGGCCUGGAAAAGACUACGAUAAAGACGACCUAAAAGGCCAAUCCGAGCCCUCCUUCUCUCUCGACCGUGCCCUCCAGGCCCACAAGAUCGACGAUAACGGCAUCGAGAUGGAAGACCAUGCUCACCUCAUGAAAGACUACAACAGGGCUAAGGCAAGAGGCAGUCUUGACGACCGCGACCCAGUCGCCAUUGCAGGCGACGACAGGAAGUACGCGGACCUGGAAUACAAGAAUCGUGAGGAUGGCGAGUCGAGCGCUCAUAAGAGUGGUAGUAUGCGCCAUGUGGGCGAGGGGUUGAAGAAGAGGAUUGGGAGCUUGAGGCAUAAGAAAAAUGAUGAGUAA